AUGGAGGCUUCUUCUCUCGCAGUUCCAGCCGUAUAUGGCCUCAUAACUUUCCUUGCCUAUUCUUCACAAUGGUUGUUCCUAUACCUUGAACCCCAUCCGCUCUCAAAGAAGCAACUCAUCCGGUUCAACGUUCUCCUAAUCUGCCUCCUGAUCAGCUACACUCAAUCAGUCGUCGUUGAUCCAGGUCAUGUUCCAAAAGUAGCUGGUCAAGAGACUGAAGAAUCUGAUGGGAAGUUUUCUGGAAAAUUUCGACAGCGCUGGUGUCGAAAAUGCAAGGCGACGAAGCCUCCACGAUCUCAUCAUUGCAAGGAGUGCAAAAGAUGUAUACCAAAAAUGGAUCAUCAUUGCCCAUGGACUUCAAACUGCGUUUCUCACACCACUUUCCCCCACUUUCUGCGGUUUCUUUUCUAUGCUACAACAUCUAUGAUCUAUCUCGCUUCUUUCCUAUGGGCCCGCUGUAAAGUUGUAUGGGAUGACCGCGAUCUUCCGAGUUAUCUGGGACCGAAUAUAUUUCAGCUCGCGCAUUUAUUCCUGCUAUCUGUUACCAACUUUGUUACUCUCUUCGCGGUUGGUAUUCUCUUCAUUCGAAACAUAUGGUGUCUAGCCGCCAAUACCACCACCAUCGAAGGGUGGGAAAUCGAGCGACAUAAAACGCUCGUCCGCCGUGCCAGGUACUUCGGAGGCUACCUCGACGGACCUGAUGGCGUCAAGGUGAGGAUCCAAAGACAAGAAUUUCCCUACGAUAUAGGGAUCUGGAAGAACUUCAAGCAAGGGAUGGGAACCGGAAACACGCUCGCCUGGUUUUGGCCUCUUGCUACCACUCCAUCUAUUGAGUCCGGCCUGGAAUUCGAAACCAACGACCUCGAAGAACCAGGCCUUCAAUGGCCGCCCCCAGAUCCAGACCGUAUAAAUCGCAGGGUUCCUCACGGCUUCGACAGAGGUGAAGAAGCGUUCACCUACCGAAACGCGGAGUUGACUCCAAGAGAGACAAUAGCUGCGUUCCGACGACGACAGGAAGCCGAUAUUGUCCGACGGAGGAAACCCUUUGUACAGCGUGUCGAGUCUCAAGUGGCUCGGGGAGAGAGUACCGGGGUCGAGGGUGCAUUCGAUGAGUGUGAAGAUUUGCAAGGAAGCGGGGCAGGGAGCGCGAGCGGAGAGGAAAGCUGGAAGAACUCAGAAGGAGAAAGAUUACGAGAUUUUGGGGUGGACGAAGAUGUUGAAUUCUAUGACGAGGAUGACCUGCCCUUGGGUGAGCUCCUAGCUAGGAAGAGGAUGCAAGCAGAGGUAAGAGCGCAAUGAUAGAAUCUGAUACACCUUACUCAAGGCCCUCGUUCCUCUAGCC